UCUUUUUUUUCAGUUUCAUAAUGAGGAAUAUCACAGUUGCAGUGAUUUUAAUAUCACUUGUCUUGACUGAGCAAACUUUAGCACAAGGAUUUCUAGAUAGACUCCGUAGUAGGCUAAGUUUCGCCAGACAGGCUGCCCAGGGAGCCAGAGAUAUGUACAGAGCGUACAGUGAUAUGAGACAAGCUAAUUGGCGGAAUUCGGAUCAGUACUUCCAUGCACGUGGUAACUAUGACGCCGCCAGAAGAGGUCCCGGGGGUCGUUGGGCAGCAAGAGUAAUCAGUAAUGCCAGAGAGCGUUAUCAGAGCGGAUUGAGUGGCCAGGGACCAGAAGACACCGCUAGAGAUCAGGCAGCCAAUGUAUGGGGGCGAAAUGGUGGGGAUCCAAACAGAUACCGCCCUGUUGGUCUACCAGACAGAUACUGAAACAAAAUAGAGAAUCACCAAAACAGACUUAAUCGACAUAAUGACAUUGAUGUAAUCUGUUUUCAUAGUUGAAUCAAAUGUUUUCUGUAUUUUAAAACAUUAAAAAGUGAAAUAUUUCAUGCAUUUCAA